GCCAGACCAGUAGCUGUAACUUGGCCUGACAAAGCCUUAUUGAAGUACAGACACUGUGGUUUCAAAGCAGUUAGAAAAAGAACGGGAAUGCUGUUCAGGAAAUUCUUCAGGCAUGGGCAGGGACUUGGCUGCAAUUCUGCUGGUGGAAAAUCUGACAGGGGCAGCUCAUGAGCACAGGCCAGGCCUCGUGCGGCUCGGAAAGCAGUGCUGCAUCUUCCUCCGAGCCUCCAGCGUGGCUCCGGGCUUUCAUCUCCCACCGAGAGAGAGAUGCCUCAGGAACAGUACGCGCACAGGAGCACCAUGCAGACCUCAGAAGGACCCCAGGUAUACAAAGUGGGGAUUUAUGGCUGGAGGAAGAGAUGCCUCUAUUUCUUUGUGCUGCUCCUAAUGAUUUUAAUCCUGGUGAACCUUGCUAUGACCAUCUGGAUUCUGAAGGUUAUGAACUUCACAAUUGAUGGAAUGGGCAACCUGAGAAUCACGGAUAAGGGUCUAAAGCUGGAAGGAGAUUCAGAAUUCUUGAAACCUCUCUACGCCAAAGAAAUCCGGUCAAGACCAGGCAACCCACUGUACUUCCAAUCUGCUAGAAAUGUGACGGUGAACAUCCUCAACGAGAAGACUAAAGUCCUUACUCGCCUUGUAACAGGUCCCCAAGCAGUGGAAGCACACAGCCAAAAAUUUGAGGUGAAAACCCUCUCUGGAAAAUUGCUGUUUUCUGCAGAUGACAAUGAAGUAGUAGUCGGAGCAGAGAGAUUGAGAGUUUUAGGAGCAGAAGGCACAGUGUUCCCUAAAUCUAUAGAAACUCCCAAUGUCAGGGCAGACCCCUUCAAGGAACUAAGACUGGAAUCACCUACACGCGCGUUGGUGAUGGAGGCGCCGAAAGGCAUUGAGAUCAACGCUGAGGCCGGCAGCUUGAAAGCCACGUGCAGGACAGAGCUCAGGCUGGAAUCCAAAGAUGGAGAGAUAACAUUGAAUUCUGCAAAAAUCAAACUACCUAACUUGCCUCAAGGAUCUUCCUCUUCUGCAGGGUCCAGGCAAAAAAUCUACGAGCUCUGUGUGUGUCCCAAUGGGAGGUUAUUUCUGUCUCAGGCAGGCACUAGCUCGACCUGCCAGAUAAAUACAAGCGUCUGCCUUUGAGAGACAAUUUGCAGUGGGGCAUUGCAGGCAGCACAAAAGCCAAUUCUGGUCUCGCAGAUUGCAGCUGCCAACUAUUUUUACUAGAACACAGAAAGCCUAUCAAAGACUUUUUUUGUGCGCGCGCGUGUGUGUGAAUAUAUAUAUAUAAAAUAUAUAUAUAAAAUUAUAUAUAUCCUCUGUGUAAAAUGAUGUUUCAGUACAAGGAAUCCCAGGGUGACCCUGUUACAUUUCUGUAGCAUUUCUCUUUCCCCCACCAAAAUUUACUGGUACGAUCUACUGAAUUAGACUUGAUGCUCCCCUGGACCCUUCUGUAAUUAUAUAGUCUAAUGAUCACCCCUUGUUUUUGAUCAUCUUCUAAGAGCAAUGGGAUUGCUGGCUGGUCAAGACCCUGGAACCAAUGUAGACCCACCAACAUACAAAGGGGAGAGUAGCGUCUCUGAUUAUUUUUGCACCAUUAAAUCAGCGGCAUGAGAAAAAGAAAAUGGACAGAUGUGCUGUGCUGGUUGCCUAGAGUGAUCCAAGAUACCUGCAGUUAAACUGCAAUCUUUAAUUUUCACCUGAAGCAUGACUCCCUGUUGGGAGAGAUGGAUCCUACUUGGCCAGUAGGAAAGUCCUGAUCUUGCUGGACUGAGCAUUUGCUGAAGGGGUUCGAUUCUUGGCCGUGCUUGCAAUGGAUGCCUUGUGCUAUUCAAGUGUGACUCAUCGGCUCUAACCUUAACCUAAAGUCAUCUCUGUGCUAACAGAACUAGCAUUGUAUUUAGUUCUUGAAAGGAAAAAAAAAAAAAAAAAAAAAGUGAAGGUUGGACUAAAAUAGAAAAGCCUUGAACCUCCUCAAUUAACAGGUGUCUUGGAUCACCCUACAUGCUCUCUGUUACCACCUUCAAUUUUGAAAAGACCUAAUGUACCUUGUGAAGGUGAAAUUUAAGAUUCCGACAUUACCUACCAAUACCUAUAGAAACUGAGAAAAUUACCUGUUCUCUCCAUAGAAACAUAGAAAUUCAUAUAUAUUGGGUGUAUAAUUUGAAUGUUAUGCCAGAAUUUUUGUCAUCUUUCUAUUCAGGGUAUGCAGUCCAAGAUCACAUAAAUUUCGCAGAGAUUGCAAAUAUCAGAGACGCUGACAAUGUAACAGAUUAUUUCUUUCAAGAAUCUAUAAAGAUUAUGACAAAUUCAGAUUACUGGAAGCAAAGGCUUUGGAUGGUUAUUCAUCUGGAAUUUGAGUCCAAAAAGCUCUGUGGUUGAAUCUCUUCAUGGGUUCAUUUUCCUUACUGAAGUCCAGGAGUCACUUACGGGCAGGAUAAAACAUGCAUUUGAUCUGGUAACAUAAUUUCCCUUGUUGAAGUUUUGAAAAAUACUGAGAAGAGCCCAGAUUUUUUAAUUCUGACCCAUAACUGCAUCCAUGUGCAUGCAAAAAUCCUUGAAAAACAAAUGAACUAAUUAUCACAAAAGUGUUCAAGUCACAGUAAAUCUCACAAGGACUGCAAGGUUUCUAAGUCGCGGAGAUGCUAUUGAAAAUAUUACCUUGUAUGCAAAUACGACAGAUCUGUGCCCGUCCCUAGUCAUAUCUAAGCAAAGCUGGUAUUCCUCAAGCCAUUUUCAAGAUAAAAUGUAGCUGACGAUAAUUUUUAGAAAUACUUAGCCCUUUCUUUUUUCUUCUUCUUCUUCCUUUUUUUUUUUUUUUUUUUUUACAUAUUUCCAUGCAUUUUCGUAUGGUCUGGAGAGUACCAGGGUUUGAUUUUUUUUAUUUUUAUUUUUUAAUGAUCUAUUUUGGCCUAAUCCAAAACUGGCUGGACUCAAUGGGAAGAUUUCUAUGAAGUUUGGAUUAGAUGUUGCUGCCUAACACAGCAACAUUCCCAUAAAAUUUAUUCCUGAAAGAGGAUUGAGUGAUUUAUUUCAGUGAUGCUUUCAGAUCAAUGAAUGAAUUCACACUAUUUGUUAAUGAAUGAUUCCUGUAAUUAUUAUGUCUUGAGUCAAUGUUCGAAUGCAAAGGGUCACCCAGGAUAACAAUUGUAUUGGGACACAGGACUAUACCAUCUCUGUUCAAAGAGGGGAAUUGUGCCUAUGCCUUAAGUCAAUGCACUCAGCAAGGAGAAGCACAUCAUAUUUAUCUUGUUACUAAAACUAGUUCAUCUGGGGGGAGGGACAGGAGGGUGUCUUGGGAUCUGGUUGUGCAACUUAGAUGUUAAUGAAAUGCAUUUAGACUGUAGGGGCACCAAGAAUUAUACCGAUUUUUUAUUUUAGUUUAGUUUUAACAUGUUAUAUACAGCAAAAUACUGUGUACGUUACCUCUGGGACCACAACAGAAGUCCCAUUCAACGUCCUACAUUUACUGUAGAAUUUCUUCCUUGUUUCAUUUAAUACUGAUCAUAAACCUUAUAGUAAGCAUGGCCCAAUUCAUAAACAAAUCCUGCAUGCACAAGCAAUGUAGUGGUUGUGAAAAUACAUGCUGCAGGAAGAGUAUCCUGUACAGAAAACGAGUUGCAUUAACUUUCCCUUCCCUGGGGGUGUCAGUGCUAGUGGGAAACAUGGGGCUGAACACAAGGACUGACCCAGCAGGGAUGCUGCCUCCUGAUCUCCAUGCUCUGAUCCCAGGAGUUUGCUGGCUCGGUCCUCAUCCCCACACACCAUUUAGCUGCUGUGCUGAGCACUGCUUUCCCAGCAAUUUCAUUUUGAGUGGUUGGUCUUCUUAGCUGAGCUCUUGGACAAGGUUAUCACCUUUUCGUAUUAGGAAGGCUACAAAACUGCCUGAGGGCAUUCAGCUAUUUAUUUUGGUAUGAAUUUCUAUGGGGAAGCUGUUAGGGAACAGCCUUAGACAUCUGUGCCAUCACUACAAAGUACUGUUUCCUGCAGAAAGUUUCUUGGACAUGACUUUAAUUAUGCCUGUGUAAAGGAGUUCCAGUUACUUCAAUAUCCUUUACAAUCAUAUCCCCAUCUUAAAGAGCAUAACAUGAUAUGUUGUGUUGCUGGAGAGAUCGAACCUAUAUAGAGACUUGAAAACCAUUUGAGCCCCACUUGAGGUUUAAGACCCCCUUUGGAUGAUGAUGCCCGUUCUUGCCCUGGCCUCAUGACUCGUCCCCUGGUGUUCAGUGAGUGGCAAGCCAGAGCAAACAGGACUGCAGGUUUGACAUCCCAUGGGAAAAAAGGCAUUUUGUUUAAGAAGUGACAUGCAAACACAUCACGUUUCAUAGUUUGUUGGCUGGGGCACUGGUGGAGUGACAAACUCACCUGUUCCAAGGGGCAGAUGCAUGAGACUCCCAUUUCGUCCUGCCUUGCCCCAAAUCCACCCAAAUUUGCUUUGCCUUUAUGGGUUGGUUUUCCUUGAGUUCAUCCAUGUUGCAACCUUCCUGACUGGAAUUUUGUAUGUAUGCUCUACCUGCCAAAAACAAACAAUGGUUUGUGUAUUUCUUUAUGAAUUGGGCCUGCAAUUUUGUUCAAUUGAGCAUUUGCUAUGAGGGGAGAUGCCAUUUAUCUCAAAUCAGAGUUUAGUUUUACCUCUCAACACUAAGGCAAGGCUGGGGUGGAUGGUGAAUUUGUUUAUACCGAGCUCAGUGGAAGAGACCCCAACAACUUCAUGGCCUGAGCUAGAGCAGGAGCUUGACGGGUGAAAAUAUGGGGCACUGAUGCCAGUGGAGACACUGCCAGCUAUUUCGGUGGCUGUGGAGCUGACCUCUGACUUUGCACUGUGUACGAUCCUGCAUUGCAGCUAUGUGCAUUAAAAACAUUGAAAUGCUGAUCAAGGGACUGUGAUACUAAUGUCAGUAUACCUUAGGCAACCAGUUAAUGAUAAAUGCUUUUAUGUGUUUAGUUCUUAACUCUACAGGGCUUUGGGACCUUGUUAAAUUUGCUUUAAAUGCUACACUUCAGUGCACAGUCGGGAAAAUGACUGUCAGUGCUUACCUGUACUCCAGUACCUGAGCCACAUGUCAUGUACGACCCUUCUGUGUGGAUGUGGGGAGGGUUAAAGCAAAAAGACUUUGUCAUUAGAAAAAACAGAGAUACUAAUACCAAUUGUACAACUGUAUCCAUUCUCCAUGUCUUUCGGUUUGUUUGUGUUCUUUUUUUUUAUUUUGUUGUUGCUGUUUUUGUUAGUUUUGUUGUUUUUUUUUACCCUUUUUUGAGGUAUAUUACCCAAUAGUCAGUGAAAUGGGUAGCUUUAGAGUAAAAAGAAAUGUUAACACUAAAGGAAGUCAUUGAAAGGGGAAAGCCAGUAACUACUUGACUAGGUAUAAGGCCUCUCCUAGGUAUACAUUUUUAGAAAACUAAGCAUGUGCAGGAGUGAUUUUUCUUUGUUUCUCUCAGUCGUGUCUUGUCAAACAUCUGUAUUUUAAGAGUUGUGUUUUUUUUUCUCCAUUAAUUAUAAAUAUCAUAAUGCACAAGCAAAAAAGUUUAAGGCAUAAGCCUAAAAAUACCAUCUGCAAUAUAUGGUACAGCAAAACGAUGUUUAAAUCAAGAAAACCCUCCCUAGAAAUUGUUUCAAGGUUAAGGAGUGAUUUCUGUGGAACUUCUGAAGAUGUCCAGUCAGUCUGCAUCACACCUGGUUUGCAGUGACAGAUGGUUUUCAAGGAAAUGAACUUUUGUUGUCAUAAAAUACACGAACACACGCACGCAUAUAUAUACACAUGCUCACAUACAAUUUUCUUUAUAUUUGCUGUUACGGCUUUAAGUUUCACAUUGCAAAAGACGGUGAGACAAAGACCAAAGACUUACAGAAAUUAAUCCCUUCUCUGGUUGCCCUCAUGCCUGAAAUGCAUUAACUUUAAUGGUGCUUUUUGGAACCAACCAGGAGAAAUACAGGUUUAUUGCAAAACAGCAUUUGAGAGAGUACAGUGGCAGGAAAACUUUAACUUCUUUAACAGGGAGGAAAGGAAAUAAAGUGAAGGUCUUUAAACAUAUACAGAGGGUAAGGUUACCUGAAAAUUGAAACAUGCAGAAAUAACCAAAAAAUUAAAA